AGCUGGGGCAGCGGGAGGGGCGGGGUCGGGGAAGUUUGUUUGCCGAGUUCGGAGACCCGGAGCCCCAGCGGUUGUCGCGCAGGUGCCCUCCGGCUCGGUCAGCAUGGAGCUGCCCGCCGUGAACCUGAAGGCGAUCCUCCUGGUUCACUGGCUGCUGACGACCUGGAGCUGCCUCGUGUUCCAGGGCGCCUAUGCCUGGGCCAACUUCACCAUCCUGGCCCUGGGCGUGUGGGCUGUCGCGCAGCGGGACUCCAUCGAUGCCAUAAGUAUGUUUCUGGGUGGCUUGGUGGUCACCAUCUUCCUGGACAUCAUCUACAUCGGCAUCUUCUACCCGGGGGCCAGCCUCACGGACACGGGGCGCUUCAGCGCUGGCAUGGCCAUCCUCAGCCUCCUGCUCAAGCCAGUCUCCUGCUUCUUCGUCUACCACAUGUACCGGGAGCGCGGGGGUGAGCGCCUGCUCUGCAUCGGUGAGGCCAGCGCCUCCAGCCAGCUCCCUGCCUCCCCGCACGCCGGCCCAGGUUUCCUUGGAUCUUCACAGGAUCACAGCGCCUACCAGACGAUUGACUCUUCUGAGGCGCCUGCCGACCUAGAGAACAGGGCUUACGUCCCCCGAGGAUACUGAAGCCAGCCCUGCCACACCUGGCCACAGCCCAGGGGCCAGUGUGACAAACUGUGGGGCCAGCGGGAGGGAUGCAUCACCUUCUUUGUGCCUUGGACGUCAUCGUAGGGGUGCACCCGACCCCCCCCUUCUCAGAACUAGCAUGGGAUGUGUCCUCCGGUUCCCCGUCCCAGGGGUUGCCUGAAUCAAGUGCCCUGAGAGGCACACCUGUCCCUAACACCUCAAGGCCUCUCCUCCCUUCCAGGUAUCCCACUGGUCCCAGGCUGGGAACUGUGGUCGCUUUUGUCAGCCUCCACCCUUAGCUGCUCUGUGCAGGCCCCAGGCCGAGCCAUGCCUGAGCCUGGCAGGGUCAGUCCUCUCAGGGCCACUGAUGCACCCUGGGCCUCUCCUGAAGUUGGCCGAGCCCUCCCACAGGAGCUCUGAGAGCUUCGGGUCACUCCCGGCCCGGGGAGCACGGCGGUGAGGAUCCCCGGCUUCUCACUGCCUGGUCACUUGGUGCCUGGGACCCCGGUUCUGGAGGCUGGAGGUGUGUGCAGCCCAAGAGACCCAUCACAGCCUCCAGCCACCCUUCUCAGAGCCAUGGCAUUAAAGUUCGAGGAAUUGUGGAGCUGAGUGUGUUUUGAGCCACGUUUAAUCUCGCGUCAGGGCUGGAGCCUGGACUUGCCAUUCCUGGGAAGAUGUCUCCUGCGAAUCCCCAGGGCAGCGGGCCUUAGGUGCCCAUUCUCUUGGGGCAGGAGGAAACGGGCUCAGGACCAGCUGGGCCUUCCCUGUGCUCAGCUCCGGCCCAGCCGAGGCCCCAGCAGAGGAGGGCGCUGUUGAGUACGGCAAGUGGGCGUCCGCUUCUCUGAGUUCAGAUGACGCAGGUGUUGGUUUGAAUCCUGCUCUGCCGUGGUGUGCCCUCUGUGUCUGCUGGAGGAGGGCUAAUGCCUGCCCAGAGAGGGAUGACGCAGAAGAAACGUACAGGGCCUGGCCCUCGGGAGGGCUCCUAGCUGAUGGCAAAGUUGUUGGUGGGGCUGUUCCUUGAGCCCAUGAUGAUGCUGGGUCAGUAGGCCAGGGGCGGCCUCUUCCUGGCAGACCCUGUGUCUUGGCCGCAGAGCAGACAGGGAUACCUGUCCAGAAGUUCCAAGGGUCCCAUGGCCAGGGCCCUACCCCACUCCCCCUGGGAUGGCAUUGACCACCGGACCCCGGCUACCUGGGCUUUCUCAGGCCUUCCUGGCUUGUCCCCAUCACAAAGAGGUCAAAGCCUAGUGCACAGCCCCUGCCCCCCAUUCUUCUGUAUCCAUCCAUCCAAAGAGGCUGAGGGCCUGUCACGUGCUGCGGAGGGGCCUGGGCCACAGGGGUGAACUCAGGUCCUGCUCUUGGGGGAAAAGGCAUUAGAGGCCCUCUGUCAGCAGGUGAGAGCCCUGAAAGAAGGACCAUGGGCCUCCGGGAAUGAGCACAUCCCCUCAUGCUCUAGGGGCGAGGGAUGCUGGGUGGCUGCAGCUGUGGGAAACGGGAAACAGCCUCCCUGUCAGACGGGGGCAGACGAGCCGUGGUCCGUUCAUUCUAAGGAGUACUGUUCAGCAGUUCAGAUGAAUAAACCAGACCUGU